CACACAAAAUGCUUUUCCUCCCAGCUGCUGCUCUGUGCUGUCUGUGUUCAGCCCUGGUUGCCAUGGCAGCAGAUCUGACCCAGGACCAGUUAACAUUGACCAAAAGAGUUGGACAAGCAGCCACCAUCAGAUGUGGAUCUGACCCAUGUAGUAAUAGUGUAUACUGGUACCAGAAGAUAGAAAGAGAAACAGAAACAUUCAAACUGAUUUUUUAUAUUACUAAAGGGGGCAAGAUAGAAUCAGGUUUCAAUCAUCCUCAGAAGGAUGAUUUUUCAGCUGCAUAUAAUCAGAACAUUUGUGAGCUGAAGAUAGAGAAAGUUAAAGACGAGCAUUCAGCCUCCUACUACUGCACCUGUGGGUACCCACAACACUGUUUUUUCAUUGGAGAGGUUGGCGGAGGCACCUGUAAAGGCAUCCUGCAUAAGGCAGUGGACCGAGAGGGACCCAGUCCUGUCCCAAGUAAAAAUCUUUUACAGGGCUGGCCCAGUGUGGUGGAAGGAGAGGAGUUGAGGCCUUAUGCUAAAUGGAAAACAGAACUGAGUUUGCAGGAUGACUGCAUCUUCUGGGGUGCAAGGGUCAUCAUGCCUCCCCCAGGCUGUCACAGAUUAUGGAAGAAUUACACGAGACUCAUCCAGUCUCAACGGCACACAGGUUUUUGUAUUAGUCUUUUUCGCUGUGUGGAUACCUUUGUCUCUGGAACUAAACUCAUUGUAACAGAUGAGCAGGUAGUGAAACCCGUGGUGAGCGUGUACCCAGCAGCAUCCAGAGCCAACCAGGAGGAGAAGAGCUCCCUGCUGUGUCUGGCCUCAUCCAUGUUUCCUCCUGUGGUCCAGUUCUCCUGGAAAAGACAGAAGAAGGGCGGCUCUCUGGAGGAUCUGACCUCUGCUCAGGGAGAUCAGCUGGAGCUCAGCGAGCCAGGACACAGCGCCACCAUCAGACUGGUGGAUAGAAAUGAUCUGUACAUAUAUAGAUACCAAUGCUACAUCAAGCAUGAGGGAGGCACAUUGAACGCCACUAUGGAGGCCCAAACACACCAAGGGGUUCCAGCUCCAGCAGCCUCCAAUCCUCCAGAGAGAGAGCCAGCAGACCUGGCAGCUCUGCAGCAACAUCACUGUAAGAUCACCUGCUGCCUUUCUGCAUGGACAGCUCCAAUGUCCAAUGAGGACACUAGAACAACUUUACAGGAUCAAUCUGACACUUGCACUAAUUCAUAUCUGUGUGUGUGUGUGUGUGUGUGUCAGUGUCCUUCCAGUCUCAGUGCAGGGUGAAGCUGCUCUGUCUGCUGUACACAGUGCUGAUAGUGAAGAGUCUGGUGUACUGCUGUGGACU